GAGCCUCAUGAAGCAGGCUAAGUACAAGAAGCAGUUAAAGUUCACCGUGCUGGAAAGAACACCGAACUAUCGUUCAAGAGUUCAAGAAUGCGAAGACAUGAACAAGAUAGCGAUUGACCUGCGUAACGAAAGGAUGAGAGCAGAAGAAGAAGGAAUCAUAAACCCUGUGCAGGACGCAGCUGAAGCUGAAAGAAUCAGAAAGGAAAAGGAGGAGAAAGCAACGGAGGAUGAAAGAUUAAAGCAGAAAGAAGAGCGCGAAGCUGCAAGAAAGGCAGAGAAGAAAAAGGAAAAGGAAGAGGAGAAAAACGCAAAGAAAGCCGAGAAGAAGGAAGAAAAAAGAGAAAAGAAAAAGCUUGAGUAG